UAUAGGACUACAUUUCGCAUAAUGACGAAAACCGAGUGCAAGAAGGCUAGUGUCAAUAAUUAUACCUACUUAAAUGUAUAUAAAUUUGUGAUACAGACGGUAACUGAUGUCAAUACUACGUGACCAGAGCAGGAGAGAUAAAUAUUGUCGUUAGUAUCGUAAACGUCAUAUAAUGGCAACUAAAAAGUUCGCAGGACCAUCCCCGUAUAAGCUUAGGCAAACAUAUCCAGAAGAUGAUUACUUACAUACUGAGUACGUUAACAACUCGACUGCAAAUCAAGCGUCAAGGUCACAAGCUCCACCAGUAGUAGGUGCUAUUUUCGGUCUGGGUCGUGCCGGUUCCAUUCAUCUCAGCAGUAUUGUGAAUAAUCCACGCAUCAUCCUUAAAUAUAUUGUUGAUGAUCGCAAGGACAGAUUUGCGGACUUAAAAAAGUUCUGGAGAUUAAGCAGCGAUGUUAUUUUUAUCACACCAGCCGAGGCUAACCGAGUUUAUACAGAUAAAAGCGUUAAUGUGGUAUUCAUUGCCUCCCCUACAUGGACUCACCAUGACAUUGUGGUAAACUCUAUUGCUAAUAACAAGGACGUCUACUGUGAGAAGCCUAUCGCAGAGAACAUCGAAGAUACGAAGAAGUGCUACGAAGCUGCCAAAGCCAAGGGUCGAACUUUGUUUGCAGCUUUCAAUCGUCGGUUUGAUCCCGCUUACAGUAACCUUAAAGAAAGAGUAAGGAAAGGAGAAGUAGGCCAUGUGCAGAUCCUGAAAGUGACAGCUAGAGACUCGCCUCUCCCUACAAUCGAUUAUUUAAAGACAUCGGGUGGUGUGUUUCAUGAUUGUCUUGUCCAUGACUUUGACAUGUCUUGCUGGGUAUUGGGAGAAUUGCCGAUACGGGUGCAAGCAUCUGCUUCUGCACUCAUUCCUGAAGUAAAGGCUAUUGACGAUUUUGACACUAUUGCAUUCUUGCUAACCUUUCCUUCUGGUGCUGUUGUUCUCGGUGACAAUAGCCGUUAUUCAGCAUAUGGUUACGAUCAGAGGCUUGAAGUUUUUGGAAAUAAAGGUAUGAUUAAAGUUGAAAAUGAAAGACCGUGUCAUUCAACUGAGACGGUUAUUGGUCAAGAAGGUAUAAAGUUGUCACCUAUCUUCUAUUCAUUUCCAUCACGUUACAAGGUUGCUUAUCAACGUGAAUUGGAACACUUUUUGGAUGUUGUUCAACAUGGGAUUCCAAUGAGUGUGACUAGCUGGCAAACCCUUGCCGUGAGCAAGAUUGCGACAGCAGCAGAGGAGAGCGCGCGCACCGGUAAAACUAUCGAUAUCGACUGGAGCAAAGAUGAUAUACCUGCUGUAUAUUCAUGAAUAAUGAAUAUGUUUUUCAUCAUUAUAAAAUAAAUAAUAAAAUAAAUUAAAAAAUUGAAUUGAUUUUAAUA